AUGGACCUCUUUGCACCCGGCUGCGCCAACUUCGGACUCACCAUCAACAUGGGCAAAACGGUGGUCAUGCGCCACUUGUUACCCAGCGCUGCAGACAGUGCUCCUUGCAUCCACGUCAAUGGCAACGAACUGAAAACCAUGGACACCUUCGCCUACUUAACCAGGACACUCUCCCACUGCGUCAAAAUCAACGACGAAGUGACCCACCAGACCUCUAAGGCCAGUCAGGCCUUCGGCCGCGCGUAG